UCAGCUGACUAAAUGUAAACAAACAGUGUUUGAGAAGAUGGUGUAAACUCUUAAUCAGCUCCUCCGCAUAUAGCCUGAACUGUUGAACACAUCAGCACCGCAUACUGCACCUUUGGGGCACUAGAGGCUGUGACAGCCUGCAUGGACCCAACAAACCCCCAAGAAGAAGAAGAAGAAUGGUGUAACUCUUAACUUUUUACAGAAAUACUUGAAAUAACCACAACCAUUGACAAUUGAUUCCGUCAGACUUGUUGUCAUUGAUAUGCUGACUCUCAUGUGAUACUUCAGCCUCGGUCAGAAAAUAUAUAUGAUGGAUCAACUCUAUUAAUGAGAAUUGGCGCUGUAAUUCAAUUGGCAUGGAUUGCCAAAACGGUGAAAAUAUUCUCUUGUCCAAUUUUCAGUAAGAACAGCUUGAACCACCUUGCAACAAAGGAGGCGGAAUGGAUGGGGACCGGCGGGCUGCACACCUCAAAUACCUGGUGGAAAAACUGACUACAUCAGGGAAAGAUAACCUUGAUGAAGAAAAGUUCAAGAAAAUUAAGAAAAUAUGCAAGCAGUCAGAUAUAUAUGUUAUAGAACUAUACAGACUUGUCAUCAAACAACUGAAGAAAAAGCAUGCUGAAAUACGAUACAGUGCAUUUCAGAUAUGUGAUGCAAUUUUUCGCAGAUCUCAUUGUUUUCGAGAAUUGCUUCUGAAAGACUUUAUGCAGUUUAUAGAUCUUGCAUUAGGUUUGGAUCCUAAGAAACCUUUACCAAAGCCUGAUGCAGUUGCUAGAAAACUCAAGCAGAAAUGUGUUGAAGCUAUUCAGUAUUGGUAUGAUCAUUUUAGUGAUGGGUAUUUAACACUUAAACGGGCAUAUAGCUAUUUAAGAGAUUGUAAAAAAGUUGACUUUGCUGAACUUACGGCCAGAACUGAAGCAGAACAACAGAGAGCAGAGGAGGAGAGACGAAAGGCAGAAGAAAUGAAGAAUAAGAAGAUUGAAAAGAUUAAGAGGGAGCUUGAGGGAACUUCUGAUGAAAUAAAUGAUUGUAUAACUCAGUUUCACAACUGUUUCAAAUUAUUGAUACCAGAUGUUCAUGAUUUUUUCAUUCCUCUCAGUAGUGAAGAAGUUGGCAGUCAGGAGGAAAGUCUUGUUACAGAUAGUGGAAAAGAUAUUCAAGGAGAGGCAUCAUAUGAUGGUGAUGAGGAGCUUGAAGAAAAAGCUGAAUAUGGCUCAGAAUUUAUGCGUGGUCAUGGAAUUAUGAAAGGGACAAAUGUUAAAAUCACUCUGGAGGAUGUUAGAAAGGUGCAGAGGACUGAAGAUAAUGAAGUUGUGAUAGAAAACCUAAAAGAAUACAUUUGUAUCCUAAGUACUAAGCUAUUACCUAGUGUUAGAAGAUGGGAGGAAAUUAUUCAGCCUUAUAGUGCAGGUAAUGAAAGUUUGAUUAAGACUAUUAUUGAUCACAAGAUAUCCAUACAAAACUGUGUGAAAAGAUUUGAGUCACUGAAUAUUGUUAAUAAGGAAAACCAAACUGUAACCAAAGAUAUAAAUUCUGAUAGUGAUGAUGAUGAUGACUUCAUAGAGGUACCUUGGGAUGACCCAAGAGUGGUGAGGGCAGCUGCCUCAGAGGCUGCUUUGCUUGAAAUCACCAAACAUUCAUCUAGCCAUUCAACUUCAUCUCAGCCUGAUGAACCUGAUAAUCAACCAUCGUCUUCUGGGUUGUGUCACACGUCCUCUCAGGUUCAGUCUGGCAGCAGUAAAACAUCAGAAAGUUAUAGAUUUCCUGAUGAAUACCUCAGUAAAGGAACAUCAGCACCAAAACGCCAUCAUAACCCUCUUGCAGGACUAAGCCAAGUGUGGACAGCCACAGCAGAUUUACAUGAACAGGAGGAAGUUCAAAGUACAGGAGGCAUUUUAGGGAUAGCAACUCAGAGAGUAAAUUACGAGCGGUCUUGGGAGCCAGUAAAAUGGGCUUGUCGUGCACCUCUCAAGACUGGGCAGUUGUGUCCCCGCAAAGAUAGGGAAAAGUGUCCAUUUCAUGGCCCUAUUGUUCCUCGUGAUGAAACAGGGAAACCUCUGCGACCAGAGGAUGCAGCCCGGGAGCAAGCAGCAAGAGAACAGUAUGAGAGAGACCAUCCAGCUUGGCAGGAUCCACAACUUUUAGCAGAACUGAAGGCAGCAACUGGUGUAGAUUUGAAGAUAGACAAGGGAAGACGUAAAAGAAAUAGAUAUGAAAAUUUGACUGAUCUUAAAAAGACAACACCUAAAGAAAGACUAGCUAAGAAGGUACUCAGUAAAAAGGCUGUUAGGCGUCUUAAUGUUGCCCUAAAUAAGGAACAUAGGUCUGCUCCCAAUACCUCAAGUGAUUUUAGAUUUUCCUAAAAAUUGAAAUCACAACCUUGUAAUACAUAGAGUGAGACAAAAGACUCUAGGGAGGUUCAUGAUGGCUGUUGAUGUGCAAUUUUUUUACAACUAAUCAGAAUAAUAGUUCAACUUAGACAAAAUCAUUGUCUUAAUUAAUUACAAGCUAUUGAUUAUGUCUUGCAAAAUAAAUAAAUGUUACUGUUAUUUGUAUAAGAUUUGUAGUGAGCUGCACAUGUACGUAACAAUAAUGAUGUUUAAAUAUUUGAUUGCAUUAGGGAGCAACCAAGGCAGAUUAGCUACUACAUAUCAUAAUAAGUCGGAGAUGUCAGAAUGUUCUAUGUUCUCAUAUAUCAAAUUCUAUUAUACUUUUAGUUUAUGGCUUUUUUUUCAGAAUUUAGUUGUUUUUUUUUUACUUAUAAUCAAAAGUAUGUAUAUGUAUGUUUUUUUUUUUACUGUGUAAGUGAUUUCUUGAAAAUUAUUAUGAAAUGGGUUGGAACAUACAGUACAGUAAUUACACCAUGGACCUUAAAGAGAAAAUAAGCCAUUGUAAUCAAUAGACUGACCAAAGUUUGCAUGCACAAAACUUGAAUGUAACAAUCUUGUUAACUAAGAAAUUGAACAAGGGAAGCACAAUUUGUUGAAGAAACAUGGAAUCAUUUGGUUCUAUAAAACCACUGUACUGAAAUUUUUAACAAGUGUAAUAGUAGAGGCUUGAUGCUCAGGAAGUUUGUGCUGGUAAAUUUAGGUGCAAAAGCCAAAUAUUUACAAAAUUGUACCUAGGAGGAGGAACUAGGCACAAACAGUGUUGUAUUUAGCCACAUGAACUAAGUCACAGAAUGUGUGGUGAGCCUCACUGGUAACCACUGUACAGAGUUUUUAGUUCAUAUUUGUGGAUUUAUAUUGUCAUCCAUUGUUAUAAAUCAUGGUAAUUUCCACACCUGUAUUUGGUAAUUUAUAUAAUAAAGUUACAAAAUGUA